CUGAUUCAGAAAACCACCCCUACGCUCAGACGGAGGCCUUACCUUAAGGAAUAAAAAUAGAAAUUGAUCUUAAAGUUUUCGGUUCCCGGACAAAAUAUUGGCUAAAACAAAAACGUGAACACUGACUUAUACUGACCUACAUUGUUAAGGAAAAUUAGCUUUCUCUGAAAUACAUUCUGAUAUAGAUGUUCAUGUUUGUCUUGUUUAUAGUCGCAGAAAGGCAAGCGAGUCACGUGAUAGAGUGUGACGUCAUGAGAAUCCUGUGAUACCGAAGUGAAAUUAGGAAGGAGAAUCACCGCUCAGACUAGGCGGUUACCUGGUCUAAAGUAAAGACGAACCCCUGCGGUUUAGCUGUGAACAGAACCGAACCGGGUUUUGGAGCCACAAGACCUUCCAGCUACCGAGCCAACAUGACGGCGGCGGUGUUUUUCGGCUGCACAUUCAUCGCCUUUGGCCCAGCCGUCUCCCUAUUCCUGUUCACCAUCGCCCGGGAGCCGCUGAGGGUCAUUUUCCUUAUAGCAGGGGCAUUCUUCUGGCUGGUGUCGCUGCUGCUGGCCUCCCUGGUGUGGUUUAUUUCGGUUCAGAUCAGUAACAAGGAGAGUGCGUCGCAGCAGAAGGGUCUGCUCAUCUUCGGUGUGGUGCUGUCCGUCCUGCUGCAGGAAACUUUUCGCUUCGCCUACUACAAACUGCUCAAGAAAGCAAAUGAAGGCCUUCUUGCUUUGAGUCAAGAGGAAACGAUGCCAAUAUCUAUACGACAGCUCGCCUAUGUGUCUGGCCUCGGCUUCGGCUUUAUGAGCGGAGCGUUCUCUGUGGUCAACAUCCUGGCCGACUCUGUGGGUCCAGGCACUGUGGGGAUCCACGGCGACUCUCAACACUACUUCCUGUCAUCAGCCUUCAUGACCAUGGCCAUCAUCCUGCUUCACAUGUUCUGGGGCAUCAUCUUUUUCGACGGCUGUGAGAAGCAGCGCUGGUUAGCCGUAGCUGUGGUCGUCGCCACUCACCUCCUGGUUUCCUGCUUGACCUUCCAGAACCCACAGUACGUCUCCAGCCUGGUUCCCACCUACAUCGUCAUGUUCUUCAUGGGCGUUUGGGCGUUUUACACCGCAGGCGGCUCCCUGAGGAACCUCAAACUCUGCCUCACCUGCAAAGACAAGGACUUCCUGCUGGCCAACCACCGGCCCAGAUAACGGCGCGAGCUCAUCGGUUUACAGGACUCAAUCCAAAGAUCUACACACACAUUAUUAACCUUUUUAAUUCGCUGUUUCACUUGGCCGCUUACUUACUAUGUUUAGUCUGUAAAAACGUAAAUUUUUCAGGUGAAACAGGUGAGUUAAACUGCAAAAACACAACAUUUUAAAAAGUAUUUUUGGCUAAUUUCUAGUGCAAAUAUCUUUGUACAUUUGAACUAACAAGUAACUUUUCAGCAAGAUGCAGGUGCUUGUUUUAAGUCAAUUCUUUAAUAUUGACUGGAAGAUUAUCUCACUUAUAACAAAAAACAAUUCUCUAAGUGAAAUAAUCUGACAGUGGAGCUAGAACCUUUUCUUCAAUAUUAAAGUAUUAUUUACUUAAAUCAGAUCUUACAUCUUUCUGGAAAGUUACUUUUUAGUUUUUGUAUUAUUUCAAUUGUUUACUUGGAUAUUUGCACAAGAAAUUAGACCAAAAGUAAUUGGUAAAAUUUUGUGUUUUUGAAGUGUAUGCAGUGUAAACUAUCUUAGCAUUACCGUUGACUUAACUGCAAAAACCAAAAUAUUUCCAAGUAUUUUUGUCUAGUUAUUAGUGCAAACAUUUCAGUAAACUUUAAUUAAAACAAAAUACAGAUACAGGAGCUUUAUUUUAAAUCCAUAAUUGAUUGGUAUUAAAAAGUUUUUGUUCAACUGGCUGAUUUAUUUAUUUAUUUUUUUUUUAACUAACAUGGGAAAAAUAACUUCUUAUAAGUGAAAUAAUAUUACUAUAUUAAUAAAUAAAUUAUUGACUUAAAACAAGCUCUCAUAUCUUGCUGAAAAAUUAAUUCAAGUGCACCAAGAUAUUUUCACUAAAAACUAGAGCAAAAAUCAAUUUUGUGUUUUUGCAGUGCAUAUCAGCUCAGUUUCUGCUUUUUUUUCUCUGCUGAUUCUGUAGAAAAACUUUGAAAAAUCAUUUAGGUUCUGCUCAAAUGAACAAGUCUGAAGACGUCGUGCCAGAUGUGUGAAAACCGACUAAAUGUGGGGCGAUCCAUGUGUGGAAAACUCGUGUACAUAAGGAAACAUUUCUGAAAAUAAUGAUUCUGUUGGAGCUGAGAUGAACACAUGGUUGGUAUUUAUGUGUUUUAACUAAUCCAGUUUUACUAACUUGGGGUUGCUGGUUCACUUCCUCCAUUUUUUUUUUUUUUUUUUUUUUUUAGCUUGAAGUUGAAUGUGGAGAUUUCCUUUCAGCUGAUUGUUUAUGAACUUUUCUAUAAACUCAAACGCAACAAAGUGUUCGCUCAAUGAGAAAAAAUCUUAUUUUGUUUUAUUUUGAAAAACAAAAUAAGAGUAGAUGAAUGUCUACUACUCUAAUAAGUAGACAUUCCUCUACUCUUAUUUUGUUUUUCUUUUGAGUUUUUGUCGGAUUCCUCACUGAAUGUUUUGUUUUUCCAUUGCACCUGAUUUUAUGUUGAUUUAUUUUUUAUGUGCUGUUUGUAAAAAUUGAAAGCGUGACGUAGAUAAGAUGGAAGCUGGAUAAACAUGCAGGUCAUGCAUGUUUAGCUGGUUUUAGUCUGUGAGCGAAUCAGAAAAUUGUGCAGGUGGAAAACCUGAUGGGUACAGACCGGCAAUAAUAAAUUUUGUUAUGUUAAAAA